UCUUGGUAACCAGAGUAUAUUUUUAGGACAUUGAGAGUAUAUUUUUGGACAUUAUUAUAUAAUUAGGAUAUACACUCAUUUAACAAUUUUUCACGCAAACAGCACCCAAGGCACCAUUUGGGAAUCGAACCCACAAUAUACGGCAAGUCGAGUUGGCAGGUGUAAUGCCUUACCAACCGAGCCAUCCACUGUCCAAACUGGGGUCCAAAUGUAGUCACGAUGUCCAUAUUAGAAUCGAGCGUCCUAGCGUAUGUUCUGGCAGUAUUUGCCGUCCCUACGUGGUCAGCGUAUCCUACCAAACUGAAAUACCCUCAUCCAGUGACGACGAAUAAAAUAACUGGGGUAAAUUUAAGCUGCGAUUCUAAACGCAUGAACAUUACAUUAACCACGAAGCAACCGUUUCGAGGAAUUGCUUUUGCGAAAGAUUUCGCUCAGGAGUGCAAGUCCUUUGGUUCGUCAGCUAAUAAAAUAUCACUUAGUUUGUCGACGUCCAGUUGCGGCGUAAGGCUAACUACCAGCACGGAUGAAAAUGGCGCAUCGCGAAUGGUAUAUUCAGUGGGUUUGAUUAUACAACAGGAUAAACUGCUUCGACAAAUAACUGAUCAAGAAAAAUCGGUGCAGUGCCUUCUGGAAGAUGAAGCUUUCGUGGUAAAAAGUCAGCCCAUGUUUAUUGCCCUCAAAAAAGAUGCCAAAUCGAAAAAUGUCCAUCAUAGGAUAGGGCGUCUUAUGAAAGAGGGAUGGUCAAAAGAUUUGGACGAAAAUCAGCUAGAAGAAGAGUUACAAGAGGCAAUGUCGGCGGCCAGAGCUUGGAUGGAGAUCGUGCCCGAAAAACGGGAAGAGAGAUUAAGCGGAACUGUCGAAGUUGGCGAAUGGGUGCUACUUUCAGUUAAGUCGACUUUACCAGCGGGAAUUGGAUGGAAACUCGUGAAUUGCGUCGCCCACGACGGUUUAGGAGAUUCAUUUCAAAAGCUUUUAGACGAAGAGGGCUGUCCCCUCGAAGAAUCGUUACUACCGCCUCUCAAAUACGGUCCGGUCCGACCUAUAGCGUCGAUGCGACAUCAAGAAGCUACGGCCCGGUUCGCGGCAUUCAAAUUCCCGGACAGGGACCGGCUGCAUUUUAAAUGUCAGUUGCAAGUUUGUCGCGCAACUUGUGGCAAAACGAACUGCAAUGAUCCGAGCGACACUUCGGAAAAGCGAGCAGGUCGUUCGAAUUACAAGGACCACGGCCAAGUGCUGGACCACUUGGAAGUGUUCAACAGUAUGGAAGUGAUCGCUCCAGAUAUUGACGACGCGAACGACUUUAGAGAAAAGAUGAAGUCCAGCGAAUUCGAGACGUAUCCAUUUCCACAAAUUCCGGGCGACAGAGCAUUCUGUAUAUCACCGAACAAAAUUGCGAUAGCGUUUUGCGCUUUGGGCCUUGUUUUCUUACUGGCGGUCGUCAUCACCGCCUGCUCCUUACUGAAGACCAGAAGGUCACAUGGAACCUUUCCGUAUUAUACCAGAAGCCUGUUCUCGUCUAGCAGUGGAGCCGGCUCGGCGUUUGGAAGCAAACUUCUUUUACAAGACAGUCCUAUUCUAGGGCAGUCUUCGUCUUCUUCCAUGGCCAGAAUGCAUUAUGGAAGGAUAAUAUAAUUUCCGUGAAGACUGAUGAAGUAUCGUUUUUUACGUUUAGAUUGAGUCGGGGCAUUACAAGAAGAAAAUUUUGUACUCAUAUUUCGUUGUAUUAGCUAUGAUGCAUGAGGCUUAUUCUAAUUGAAUUUGUAUUAUUUAGUUUUGAAACCUGUGGAAGUUAAUGCAACCAAUUUUCAAUUCUAAAUAAUGUGACAAUCUGCAUAUUGGUUAACAUACAU